CGGCCACGGAACGACGCGUCUGAAAACGAAACGCAUCGCUUAUCUCUCGAAAGAGUUCGAAUUUCCGCCGACCUAAAUCUCGACUCUUCACUGUAUUCGAGCUUUCAUGCGACUUUGAACGCCGAAAUUAGAUCAUCGAUAAGCGAAAGAUCAGUGAAAGAUGUCAUCAAGGAGCAAAGUAAGACGACAUUCGCCCAGUCGCGAAUACACACGUGAAAAUGACAGACAUUACAAGAAGAAACAUCGCGAUGAUCUGAAAAGCGAAGAAUGUAGCUCCUCGAAAUUUACGCGAAACCCUUCCCCGGAGUAUCGUCGCGAAGAGAGCGACGAAGAAUUCUGUUUCAAUAAAUAUAAACACGAAUUGGGGAAGGUCUUCACGGCAAAUUCCAAUCUCGUUCACGAUGUCGCGGAUUUUUGGAAAUUCGUCGAAAAGUACGAGUCUGUGAAGAAGCAACUAGGCGACAAUGACGAAUCCGUCGCUGAAUCCGCACUAAAUUCUAUCGGGGUACCGGAGAAAUAUCACAAGUCUCAUUGCUUAAAUUUCAAACUCAACUUGUCCUAUGGAGAAUUGUUUGCGCGAGUUCCCGAGAUGAAGCAGUUAACAAAGUCGCGACUGCUGAAGUUCAGGGAUGUUGUAGUCUUGUAUCUGGAUUUCAAGCAAAAGGAAAAAUUUAACAAGUUGAAGAAACUUAGGAAUGCACAAGCUAAUUUACCAGUUGCACAGUACAAAGAUGAAAUUAUUGAAACAGUAAAAAGAGAAAGAGUAGUUAUUAUAGCAGGAGAUACUGGAUGUGGCAAAUCUACUCAAAUCCCUCAAUAUUUAUGUGAAGCUGGUUUCCAGAAAAUAGCAUGUACUCAGCCUCGAAGAAUAGCAUGUAUAUCCUUAGCAAAAAGAGUUGCCUUUGAAACAUUAAGUGAAAAUCUUAACACUGUUGGUUAUCAGAUACGCUUUGAGAAACAAAGAAACCAGCAGACAAUUAUUACGUUCAUAACAGAAGGUUUAUUGUUACGACAGGUCUCAGGUGAAUCAGCAGUAUCUGCAUACGAUGUGGUAGUCUUAGAUGAAGUGCACGAGCGUCAUUUGCACGGAGAUUUUUUACUCGGCAUUAUGAAAUGUAUUAUUUAUCAGAAUCCCAACUUGAAGUUAGUAUUAAUGUCUGCCACAAUUAAUAUAGAACUCUUUAACAAUUAUUUUGCAAAGGAAAAUGUUAAAACAAUUGAGGUUCCUGGAAGAUUAUAUCCUAUUCAAUUGAUGUAUCGCCCUGUAACUAUAGAAGAUAUCAAAUAUAAAAAUGACAGAUUCAAUCCAAGUCCAUAUGUGCAGAUAUUGCAGAUAAUUGAUCAAAAGUAUCCAGUUGAUGAAAAAGGCGACUUGUUAAUAUUCCUAAGUGGAAUGAACGAAAUUACUACAGUCGUAGACGCUGCCAAGGAAUACAGCAAGAAAAAGAAUAAUUGGAUUGUUUUACCUCUUCAUAGCACACUUUCUAUCGCUGAACAAGACAAGGUAUUUGAUUAUGCCCCUGAGGGUGUUAGGAAAUGCAUCGUAGCGACUAACAUUGCAGAGACUUCUAUCACCAUCGAUGGAAUCAGAUUUGUUGCUGAUAGUGGAAAAGUGAAGGAAAUGAGUUAUGAUCCAUCAUGUAAGAUGCAGAGACUCAAAGAAUUCUGGAUAAGCAAAGCCAGUGCGGAGCAGAGAAAAGGAAGAGCAGGCAGAACAGGACCCGGAGUUUGUUAUAGAAUUUAUUCGGAAGAAGAGUAUAAGAUACUGGAAAAAUAUUCGACGCCAGAACUACAACGUGUACCUUUAGAUUCUUCAUUGUUACAAAUGAUAGCGAUGGGCCUGCCGGAUGCACGCAAGUUUCCAUUUAUAGAAUCACCACCAGCCGAUAGCAUAGAAAACGCCAUACUAUCUUUAAAAGAUCACGGUGCACUUACGGAAAAUGAAAAAAUCACGUGUAUCGGUAAAACUUUAGCACGGCUGCCUGUUGACAUUACAAUAGGGAAAAUGUUAAUAAUGGGAUCGAUUUUUCAUCAAGUGGAGCCGGUACUAUCAUUGGCUGCUGCUCUAAGUAUACAAACGCCGUUUACGAACAGAGCUUACAGGGAUACUGAAUGCGAGACAUCUAGAAAGAAAUUGGAAUCUGAUCAUGGUGACCCAAUCACAUUACUUAAUGCAUUUAAAGAAUGGCUGGAAGUAAAGCAAGAAAAUUCCCAAGAGUAUAGAGGCAGCGGCAACAAUAGCAGAAAAUGGUGUAAGAGAAGAGGUUUGGAGGAACAACGGUUCUACGAAAUGACGAAAUUAAGAGCUCAAUUUAAAGAAUUACUCCAAGAUUGCAAUUUACUCAAAAGUCUUCCGGAGCCAAAUUCCUCCAUGACAAGUGCAGAACGCACAAUGAGACAUGGAGAGUUAAAACUUUUAAAAUCGCUUAAAAGAAAUUAUAAACAAAGUGAACCUAGAAGACGUAAACAAUUAAAAGUGGAUACAUUUGACAUACAGUUGGAAGACAAUGACGAAGACAAUGGGGAAAUCGACAUAAAGGAUAUAGAAUUCCGAAUGAGGAAUGACUCGAGUCAAGUGCAGAAUCUUUUGACGGCUGCGACUGCAUGCAGUUAUAAAGAUUUGACAAUGUUAAAAUUGAUACUAUGCAGCGGCUUGUAUCCACAAUUUGCUUGUGCCGAUGAGUUUAAUUAUUGCAAGUCCAUGAACGAGCAAUUGUUUCAUACAAAAGCGAAGCCAUAUGUUGCUUUGCAUCCAAUGAGCUUCUUUGGAAAUCACCCGCAAAUGCUGCAAGUUGAAGAAGUAGAUGUGGUAUCGAUAUCAGGUUUUAAGAGCAAAACUCCUGUUAGCCCUAAACAUCAGAUAUUGGCGUAUCUCUCUCUCUUGGAAACUACAAAACCAUAUCUGGUAAAUACUUUGAGGAUGCCUGCUGCACAAACAUUAUUGCUAUUCGCACGUGAAAUAGACACAAACAGCAUAUUUUCCAUUAUGAUAUGUGAUUCAUGGCUGAUGCUAGAGUUUCCUGUUCCUGAUAGUGGCCAAACUUUGUUGAUGAAGGCUACUAAGUUAAGGAAUAAAUGGGAUUUUUUAUUAAACCAGCAAUUGCGAGUAUCUGAUGAAACAAAUAAUACAAAAGAAGAUUUUAGUAAAGUUGAGCAAAAUCUCACUCAAGAACUGAUCGAAUAUAUGCAUACUACAGUACCAUAUACCAUAAAAAGACUACUACCAGCUGACUUAAAACUGAUAUAUGUUGGUAGUAGAAAUAAUAACAUAAGCAUAGAGCCUAAUCCUUUCCAAUCUGAUUUUAAGAGUAUACCAAAUGUAGCUAAGGGUGGAAUAUAUGUAACAGAAAAUAUUACGUACAACUGUAUAAAAGAAACAGAUUGGAGCGAGAAAAUAAUUGUAGAAAUGCAAGAGAUGGAAUGGCACUGUCAAAAUUGUGAUCUCCAAGCAAUCCUAUCCAGUUUGGAAAAAAUCCAACAUCAGAAUAUCUGUGUAAUCGCAAAUGAGAUCAGCGGAGACAACAAAGAAAGUAAAAAUGUUACUCAUAAACCCAACAGCCAAGCGUACGAAUGUUCUCAUUGCUCACAGACAUUAUAUCUUACACCUAUCGAAAUAUUAAGGCAUAAAAAACAACAUAUCAAAGGAAGCUAA